CAUAAAGCCGCUUCGCAGCCCGGCAGCCGAGGCUGCCCCAAAGACGCAGGACCCAUGUCAGACGAGGAGGACGCCGUGGAGGCCCUCCUCGACGAGCUGGCCGAGGCCCCGCCGGACGACGCCCUCGACGCCGCCGCGGAGCGGCUGGCCGAGGACGCCCUGGCGGCGGCGUGCGCGGAACAGCUCGCGGACGCGGCCGCGCGCGACGUCGUGAACGAAGCGGUGAUUGACGCGGCCGCGGCCUGUAUUGUCGAGAACGCCAUCAAAACAGCGGGGAACGAGAUCGACGCGGCCGACGAGGCGCUCGCCGCGAGCGCGACCGAAUUGUUAAUCGAGCACGCGAUCAUUGAUGCUGCGGCCGAGACCGAUGAUCAAGACGAUCGCACGUCGAGCGACACCGUGGCCCGGGUCCAAACGGAGGUCGCGACGACGAUAAUAGAAGGCGCCAUUGAUACUUUGAAGGACGACGACACGUUGAAGGAGGCCUUCAUGGAAGCGGUCGACGAGAGAGCGGCGAUGAUUGCAUCACACGCAAUAGAGGCGGCUCGAGACCAGCUCGCCGCGGACGCGCAAAUGGCCCACGAGGCCGAGGUCGCCGAGCGCGCCGCGCGCGAGUCCGAGCGCGCCGCCGGCUUCAGCCUGCUGUCCUCCCAGCUCGCGGACCUGGGCAGCCUCAUGUCCGGCAUUUUGGGCCGGACCGACGCCGACGUCGCGGCGGCGUUCCCCGAGCCGGAAACCGUGGCCGCGGACGACGGCAACGCGCCCGAGCUCGACGCGCCGUCGCCGGCGGGCGACCUGGCCACUCGUUUAGCUGAUCUGGACGAGACGGUCUCAUCGAUGGGAGCGAAGGACGCGGACGAGGACCUCCCGAAGGACCUCGUCGAGCAGGAACAAGCAUUGGCGGGCCUCCGGGCGCGCCUCGAGCACGCGCGCCUCGAGGGCGCGCGGCUCCGCGCGCUCGCCGAGACGUCGCCGCCCGCGACGGCCGAGCCACACAACGACGAGGACGCGUCGGACGGCGACGCCGCGCCGAGCCACGCGGACCUCGCGCGGUUGGUGGAUGAGGCGCGCGAGGCGCUCGAGGGCACGCGCACCGCGCCGUCGGAUCUGACGCAGCCGCAGCCCGCGGCGCCCCUCUUCGGCGGCUCGGCCGAGCCGCCGCCGCCGCCGACGCCCGUCGCCGGCAGCGCGGCGACGCUCUUCGCGCCGGCGCUGCCCCAGGGCCCCGAGGUGCUGGGCCGCUUCGACCGCCUCAAGUCGCAGCUCUCGGACCUCGGCGAUAGCGUGGCAAACCUCGCCGACGGGCGCCGGCCGCCCGCCACCGCGCCGGCCGCCGUCCUCGUGCCCGCGGCGCAGCCGCCGGAGCCCGCACCUCCCAUCGAGCAGCCUCCGGUGGCGGCGGCGCCGCGGCCGCCGCCGGCGUCGUACGGCUUCGCCGCCCGCGAGCCGGGCUUCCUCGCGCCGCGGCGCGUCGAGGGCGCGCCCGCGAUCCUCUCGCCCGCGGGCACCACGCGGCUCGGCGGCUUCCGCGGGCCCGAGGCGCCGGAGUACGCCGCGUCGCCGCACUCCGUCGCGGGCGAUUAUUUUGCGGGCGACUACGCGCACGACGCCGCCGCGCCCGAGUCCGAGGUCUACCUGCCGACGCCCGCGGGCCCGGCGACGUACCGCGAGGCGCCCGCCGAGCCAACGUUCGAGGCGCCCGCCGAGCCGCCCGUCACGUGGCACGCGCAGCCGCUCAUUUUGCCGCCGCCGCCGACGGCGCCCGCGACGCCGCAGCCGCUCCAGUACACGGUCCCGGCGCCGCCGCCGGGGCACGUCGCCAUCCCGGGGCUGGACCUCGUCGACGACACGCGGCCGGGCAUGCCGCGCUUCGGCUACGCGUACGACGACCGGAACGCGGCGCCGGAUGCGCCGCCGGAGUUCAUCCGGGACGCGGACGACAUAUAG